AUGUCCUCCCGGAGCGCAAUCGGCCGGCAGAAGUGGGCGACCCCUGCCGAGCCCACCGACCGCAAUCGCCGUCGCUCCCCACGUGGCUCGUCCAAAGACUCCAAGGGCAAGGGCAAGGACAAGGACACGGACAAGUCACACUCGUCGUCCCACUCUCCCUCGACCUCCCACACCCCCGCGUCCCGCCGCGCCCCCUCCGUCGCUUCCUCAUCCUCUUCCUCCUCCCGCCCAUGGUCGCGCCCCCACAACGACUCCCCCGUUCCGCCGCUCCCGGCGGAGCCCGCGAUCGCGGUGUUCGGCGCGUUCGAUCCCGCGAUGUUCGCCGGCGACGCGCGCAAGGCGCGCGAGCGCACCGCCUCGCAGUCGGCGAGCACGGCGAGGACGUCCCGGACCACGUCCUCGUCCUCCGGCGGCCCCAACCCCACACCUGGCGGGGGACGGCGCGCGAGGGCGGGGCGUCCGACUCAGGAUGCGGCCCGUCCGAAGACUCCUCCGAGGUCGCAUCCCGAGAACCAGCCCCCCACGGCGUCGACGAGCAAGCUGUCGCCGGUUGAAGAACGGGAAUACAGUUGGAGAUCUACUGGGGGAGUGAUGGAGAGCCCGGAGACACCUACCGCAGCGACGAGGCACGCCGCGCGGUCAUUCCACCCCUCGGAGGAGUCCUGCGAAGCGUCAAGUAUGAGCUUCGUCAGCUCGCACGUCCAGAGGGAAUCUUCGGUAUCCACGAUCACGACGAUGGGCGGAUCGUGGAGAGAGCGGCGGCAGCGCGACGCCGCGACGCGUCCUGCCCCCGCGGAGUGGAGGGUCGACUUCGCGCCGUCCUGGUCGAGGCUGGUUCACCCUGGGCGGAAAGUCGAGCCGCCGCUGGAGCGCGUGAAGUGGCCACCAGCGGAAGAGGAUGUGAGCGUGGUAGACGACCGUCCCCUCGACCCCGCCAUCAUCCUCGUCGACCACAACCUCCGCAACCCCCUCACGCACGCCCUCGAGGUCCUCCUCGUCGCCCACGACGGCUCCACCACCCGCCACGACCUCGGCUCCUCCCCCGUCCCCCUCGCGCUCCACCCCUCGCGCCCCUCGCUCCGCCUCUUCCACCAGGACCUCCCCUGGUUCCUCUACGUCGACCCCGCGCCCUCGCCCGCGCCCGCGCCGACGCUCACCCUCGCCGCGCUGCUCACCGCGCUCCACGCGCACCUGCACGCGCCGAUCGCGGCGGAGGACUACUACAACGCCGCGCUGAGCCACUCCGCGCGGGUGUGCGUCGCGAGCGCGUGCAGCGUGCGCCGCGGCGGGUGGUGGUGGUACGCGCGCCCCGAGGGCGUGCUCGACAUCUGCCGGAUCGACUUCCUGAUGGACCGCGGGAGGCUGUGGGGGCUGCGGAAGGUCCUGGGCGAGGAGGGCGAGGAGGGCGAGGGCGUUGGGGGGACGUGGGAGGUCCUGACGGCGAGGUAUUAG